AUGGCGGUACCCCCAACACCUAAUGAUUCCGUCAAGUAUGGGACUUCUUUGAAGUUUCUACAUUUCUUAACAGCACAAAAAGGGGAGCUACCAAGCAGUAGGUACGUUGUGAUCCCCAACAUCUCUUUUUGCCCAUUUAUUUGGAAAACGAAGGAUAUGGCUUCCCCCCUGUUGUUUUUGGCUACCUUUUUGUUGCUUCUCUCCAUGGUUCACCCAAAGGUGACUGCUGUGGAACAACUUUCAGUAGUCAAGCUUAACUCUCGGAUCAUUCAGGAUUCAAUCGUAAAACAAGUCAAUGAAAACCCCAAGGCUGGAUGGGAAGCUACCCUGAAUCUGAGAUUUUCUAAUUACACUGUUGGUGAGUUUAAGCACCUUCUUGGAGUCAAAUCAACACCUAAGAAAGAACUUCUGGGCAUUCCUGUGGUAACUCAUGACAAAUCUUUGAAUUUACCAACUGCUUUCGAUGCUAGAGCAGCUUGGCCACAAUGUAGCACAAUUGGAAGAAUUCUCGAUCAGGGUCACUGUGGUUCUUGCUGGGCUUUUGGUGCUGUUGAAGCUCUAUCUGAUCGAUUCUGUAUCCGUUUAGGCUUGAACGUUUCUCUGUCUGUUAAUGAUCUACUUGCAUGCUGUGGCUCUGAAUGUGGAGAUGGUUGUGGUGGAGGGUAUCCGUUCUAUGCAUGGGAAUACUUGGUCGGCAGUGGUGUUGUCACUGAAGAGUGUGAUCCAUACUUUGAUGACAUUGGUUGCUCUCACCCUGGUUGCCCUGUAUACUCGACUCCCAGUUGUGUGAAAAAUUGUGUUAAUGGAAGCCUUCUCUGGAAUAAAUCGAAACACUACAGUGUCAAUGCAUAUAGGGUCGAGUCAAAUCCAGCUGAUAUCAUGGCAGAGGUUUAUAAGAACGGACCAGUUCAGGUCUCCUUCACUGUUUAUGAGGAUUUUGCUCACUACAAGUCCGGAGUUUACAAACAUGUGACAGGCAGUUUUUUGGGAGGCCAUGCAGUUAAGCUGAUUGGAUGGGGAACUUCAGAUGAUGGAGAAGAUUAUUGGCUUCUUGCAAACCAAUGGAAUAGAGGUUGGGGUGAUGAUGGUUACUUCAAGAUCAUAAGGGGCGUAGAUGAGUGCGGUAUCGAAUCCGAUGGCAUAGCCGGUUUGCCAUCCGCCAAAAAUCUUCACGACGUUGCAGAUCCGGGGAUUGUCGAAGACGCUGAAGUUCAUAUAGAUUAA